AUGAUGGGAACCCGAUGGCAUUCCCAGAGAGGCCGAACUAGGCGGAGGCAAGCGCCUUUUCUCUUCCUGCUGCCAUUGUUCUGCCCAGCGCUCUCGGAGCAGAUCUUCUAUGAGAUUCCAGAGGAGCUAGCCAGGGGUUCUUUGGUGGGAAACCUUGCCAAAGAUCUGGGGCUAGUCGUGAGGGAUUUGCCUACUCGAAACCUGCGGUUUAGUACCGAGAAGAAUUUCUUUACCGUGAGCGCCGAAAACGGGGACUUACUUGUGAGUGACCGUAUAGACCGAGAGCAAAUAUGCGGAAAGAGGCCCACGUGUGUUCUGGAAUUUGAAAUGAUCGCUGAAAAGCCUUUAAACUUUUUUCACAUAACUGUGGAGAUCCAGGAUGUCAACGAUAACCCGCCGACUUUUAGCAGAAAUAUCACUGAACUCGAAAUCAGUGAAAUGGCGCUAACUGGAGCCACAUUUGCUCUGGAAUCCGCACAAGAUUUGGACGUAGGUGUCAAUUCGCUGCAGCAGUACUACCUCAGUCCGGACCCGCACUUUUCCUUGAUGCAGAAGGAGAACCCAGACGCCAGUAGAUAUCCAGUGCUCCUAGUGAAGGCGCCCCUGGACAGGGAAGAGCAGUGCUGCCAUCUCCUGACCCUCACCGCUAUGGACGGGGGCGAGCCAGCCAGGAGCAGUACAACUCAAAUUAGGGUAGUUGUUGCAGAUGCAAAUGAUAACCCCCCAGUGUUCACCCAGGACAUAUAUAGGGUCCUUGUCCCGGAGAACUUGCCUGCGGGCUCCUCCUUGCUGAGAGUGAUGGCCACCGACCCGGAUGAAGGCAUCAAUGCUGAGAUCACCUAUACGCUCAUCAACAUUGGUAAGGCAAUGAGGCAACUGUUCAAGCUGGACAGUAAGACAGGGGAACUCACCACUGGUGGAGAACUAGACUUUGAAGAGAGAGAGAGUUACACACUUGGAGUGGAAGCAAAAGAUGGAGGACAUCACACUUCUCAUUGUAAAGUACAAAUCGAUAUUCUGGAUGAAAAUGACAAUGCCCCUGAAAUAACUCUUGCUUCUGAACCCAAACAUAUACAAGAAGAUGCUGAACUAGGUUCCGUUGUUGCCCUGAUCAAAGCAAGUGAUCUAGAUUCAGGAGUUAAUGGGGAAAUCCAGUGUCAACUAAAAGGAAAUUUCCCAUUUAAAAUAGUUCAGGAUACAAAACAUACUUACAAGCUGGUGACAGAUGCAACCCUGGACCGAGAGCAGACCAGUGAGUAUAAUGUCACCAUCACCGCCACUGACAAGGGCAAGCCACCCCUCUCCUCCAGCACAAGGAUCACCCUGCACAUCGCUGAUGUCAACGACAACGCUCCAGUCUUUCAUGAGCCCUCCUACGUGGUCCAUGUGGCUGAAAACAGCCCACCUGGAACCUCUAUUGUUCAAGUCAACGCUUUUGAUCCGGAUCUGGGACAAAAUGGCCGUGUCUCCUACUCCAUAGUAGCCAGCGACCUGGAACCACGAGCGCUGUCAUCCUAUGUGUCUGUGAGCGCUCAGAGUGGAGUGGUGUUCGCGCAGCGAGUCUUCGACCAUGAGCAGCUGCGCGCCUUUGAGCUGACGCUGCAAGCGCGUGACCAGGGCUCGCCUGCGCUCAGCGCCAACGUGAGCCUGCGUGUGCUGGUGGGCGACCGCAACGACAAUGCUCCCAGGGUGCUGUACCCCGCGCUGGGCCCGGAGGGUUCGGCCCUCUUCGACAUGGUACCUCGCGUGGCGCAGCCAGGCUACCUGGUCACCAAGGUGGUGGCUGUGGACGCAGACUCAGGACACAACGCCUGGCUGUCCUACCACGUGCUGCAGGCUAGUGAGCCUGGGCUCUUCAGUCUGGGAUUUCGUACGGGCGAGGUGCGCACAACUAGGGCUUUAGGUGACAAGGAUGCCACCCGCCAGCGCCUGCUGGUCUCUGUGCGCGACGGAGGACAACCACCCCUCUCAGCCACAGCGACGUUGCACCUAGUCUUCGCAGACAGCCUGCAACAAGCGCUGCCAGACCUCAGCGAUCACCCUGCGCCCCUAAAUCCUCAGGCCGAGCUACAGUUUUACCUAGUCUUGGCUUUGACCUUGAUCUCAGUACUAUUCCUGCUCGCUGUGACUCUAGCCAUUGCCCUGCAUCUGCGACGUUCCUCUAGUCCCACUACCUGGGGCUGUGUUCAACCUGGUCUCAGCUCCAACUCUGGACCUGGGAUUCCCCCCAACUACAGUGAAGGAACUUUGCCUUAUUCCUAUAAUCUAUGUGCUGCCUCACAUUCCUCAGAGUUCAAAUUUCUCAAUAUAAAGCCAGAAAUCACUCCAUCACAAGAUCUUCUAUGUGAUGAAGGCUCUUGGGCUGAAAGUACCAACAAUGACAAUCCCCAAAUGACUCCUAAAACAGUCAAUUUGCAACAGGUGAGUUUCUUCAAAACCCUUCCCUUUUAUAAACAAAAUUAA